AUGAAGUUCUCCGCCGCCCUCCUUCUCACGGCCGUGACGGCCACGCUGGCCGCGCCAGCCCCGGCCGACACGCAAAUCGCCCCCGUCGAGGCCCGCGAGGCCGCGCCCGGUGGCGACUGGCACCACCACCGCGACCACUGCAGGAAGGAGUGCCACCACGACGCGCACCACGACCGGUGCCGCAAGCGCUGCGACGACUACGACUACAGCUACAAGAAGAAGGUGACCGUCACCUACACGUACACCUACUGCCAGGUGCACGACUGCGGGCACGACUGGUACGGCCGCUACGGCUACGACUACUACAAGGCCUACGGCUACAAGUGGGGCUACAAGUGGGACAGCUACAAGUGGAAGCGCGACGAGGUCCCCGCCGCCGAGGCCGAGGUCCUCGCCAAGCGCGAGGCCGAGGCCGCCCCCGCGCCGGCCGCGGCCGUCGUCGCCGAGUCGGAGGCCGGCGAGGUCCACGCCCGCGACGGCUGCACCGGCGGCGGCCACGGCUGCGCACGCCCCAAGAAGGUGCACCACCACUACUACGACAACCACCGCCAGGGCCACCACGGUCACGACGGCCACAGGCACCACGACAAGUGCCGCCCCGAGUGCGACGACCGCAAGUACAAGUAUCACCACUACGACUACUGCAACUCCUGCGGGUGGUGA